AUGCUGCCGCGAUUUCUCUGGCGUGCGGCCGCGGCCCUGGCCGUCACAGGCCCGGCGGCCGUCGGCGCCGACGACGCCAACCCCCCCGGACAGUCGACCUUCAUCUCGCCCGACAACCACGUCGCCUUCGCCUUCACGGUGCCCCAGACGCCGGACCACCAGUACCCCGAGGCCACCUUCUUCAGCAUCCGCGUGCCCAACCGGUACUCGUGGGGCGCCGUCGGCCUGGGCAGCAACGACAUGAAGGGCGCGCUGUACCUCAUCAUCUACCAGGGCGAGGACGGCGCCAGCGUCACCUUCUCGCCGCGCCUGGCCUACGACAACACCGAGCCCACCUACUGGGACGAGAUGGAGUACACCGUCAUCCCCAACAACACGGGCGUCGUCGACGACCACAUGAUCUUCACCGCCAUGUGCACCUCGCACUGCCGCUCCUGGAACAAGGGCAACACCAACGGCGGCUGGCUCGACGUCUCGUCCCCGAACCAGAACGGCAUCUUCGCCGUCGGCCCGGCCGAGCCGCUGCGCAGCAACGACCGCAACGCGCCCCUCAAGUUCCACGGCGAGUACGGCGUCUUCACCAUCGACAUGGGCAGGACCCAGGGCGCCGCCGACGCCCCCGUCCUGGACCGCGACUCGCAGAACGAGUCCACCGCCCUCGUGUGGUACCGCCGCCGCCGGUCCGACUACAAGGCCACCCUGCACGGCACCUUUAUGAUCUUCUUCAUCGUCGGCAUGAUGAACUUUGGCGUCUUUUUGCUGCGCGCCUGCGGCUGGGCCAAGUGGCAUGCCGUGAACCAGCUGUUUGCCACCCUGGGCGUGCUGUCCGGUCUGGCCCUGGGCGUCUUGACCAGCUUCCAUUAUAACAGGUCUCGGGGUUUCAAGCACUACCACCAGAUCAUUGGCUACAUCGUCGUGGCCUUUGUUCUCGCCCAGGUCGCCUUGGGCGUCAAGCACCACCUGGAGUACCAGAAGACACGCGCUCCCACCCGUUUUGGCAGAAUCCACCUGUGGCUCGGCCGGCUGAUCCUGCUCCUCGCCGUCCUCAACUCCUUCUUCGGGUUUUCCUUUGCCCGAAACCAAAGAUACGCCGUCGCCCUCGCGGGCCUGCUCGUUCUUGUCUGCGCCGUCGCCCUGUUCUUCAUGUACAACCGAACCAGGUUUUUCGAUCGAAAGCGGCAGUUCCAGCCCCUGGGCACGCAGCAGCCUCCGCCGUGGCGGCAGCAGGCGGGCACGAGCGGCUACGGCGCCGGCGACGCUCCGCCGGGGUACGAGUCGGCCUCGCAACACGUCGGCCUACAGCCUGCGGCACCGUCAUCGUCAUCGUCGCCUGGCAACUCGCCGUGGAGGAGCGGCGGCGACAAGGACUACGAGGACGAGCCCCAGCUGGGGAGUGCUCAGAAGCCCAGGGAGUUUACGUAG